AUGUGGAGCAGCUGUUACCUCCUGAAGAAGGCGCCCUUCACCUCCUGCAGCAUCGACCCACAACCCUACAUCACCGCCUGCACAAACACCUUGUCCAAAUAUCCUGACGUGGACGGCCUCAAUUGUCAGUUCCUGCAGGACUAUGUCACAGCCUGCAGCCUGAAGARCUUCACCAUCCCGGACAGCUGGAGGUCCCAGACUGAGUGCUACGCCAACAAGAGCCAAUGUCUGAACUUGGUCUGCAGCGACCACGAGUUCUGUGGAGAGAAUUCUCAUUUUGGAGAUUAUCGUUGCUACUGUCGGGCCAUUUUUGAGUCCAGCUACAAACAGAGGAACUCUCUGGCCGAUCCGACAGUCUGCCAGGACAACACAGCCUCCCUCACUCUGCCCACCUGUCUCCUGGUGGACAAUCUCGUCGACUACUCCGUCUUACACCUCAACGACCCGUCCUGCAAAGGUCAGGUGGACCAGCAGAACCACACGAUCACGUUCAGUUUCAACAGCACCAACUGUGGAACAGAGAUUAUGWCCAACGACACCGAAAUCAUCUACAAGAACACCAUCAUGAGCCAGAACAUCUCAACGGACAUGAUCGUCCGUCACGAUGACUUCGCGUUGGACUUCUCCUGCUAUCACACUCGRCACAGCAUUCGGAGCGCUACCUUCACCAUCAUGGAGAGUCAAGUGUCCGGGGUCAUGACAGCUGGACCUUGGACCUACACCGUGUCCAUGAGGGCCUAYGUUGACGAUGCCUGCAGCAAAGCCGUGGAGAGGUACACCAACCUGAARCUGAACCAGAGGGUCUGGGUGAAGCUGGAGGCCAGCGGGCUGGACGCAAACGAGAUCGCCUUGGUCACCGACUCCUGCUGGGCCACAGACCUGCCGUCCCCCACAGCAACCAAGAAAUACUACCUGAUCCAGAACGGCUGUCCCAAUCCCGCCGACCAGUCGGUGUCGAUGAAGGACAACGGAGCGGGAAUCGUCGACCUCUUCGCCUUCGACAUGUUCAGGUUCUCUGGAGCUUCUAGAGAAAUCUACCUGCACUGCAGUCUGCACCUGUGUGUGAAGAGUGAGGGCAACUGUGUCCAGGUGUGUGGCAGAGGACGAAGACGCAGAUCUGCCAGCUCUAUGUUUGAGUCUGACUCCUUCAUCAGCAUGGGCUGGACUCAUUAG